GCGGUGGAGCGGCGUCACUCUUCACCUGCCGGCGCGAGCUCAGCGCCCUGGGCGGUAGGCGGGCUAGGGGGCUGCAGGGCUGAGCCCCGCUGAGCCCGCCGGGCCAGCCAUGGGCGACCGCGAGCGCAACAAGAAGCGGCUGCUGGAGCUGCUGCAGGCGGCGGGCACCGGCAACGCGCACUGCGCCGACUGCGGGGCGGCGGAUCCCGACUGGGCCUCCUACAAGCUGGGCAUUUUCAUCUGCCUGAACUGCUCUGGUGUCCACCGCAACUUCCCAGACAUCAGCAAAAUUAAAUCCGUGAGACUUGACUUCUGGGAUGACAGUACUGUGGAGUUUAUGACCCACAACGGGAACCUCCGUGGGAAGGCCAAGUACGAAGCCAGAGUCCCUGCUUUCUACUAUGUCCCCCAGGCCAACGACUGCCUGGUGUUAAAGGAACAGUGGAUUCGAGCUAAGUAUGAAAGACAGGAAUUUAUGGCCGAUGGGAAAACCACCUCACCUCCAGGAAACCGGGAAGGGUUCCUGUGGAAGCGGGGAAGGGACAAUGCACAGUUCCUGAGAAGGAAGUUUGUCCUCCUGGCAAAAGAAGGCCUCCUGAAGUACUACACUAAAGAGGAGGGUAAAGGCCCCAAAGCUGUCAUCAGCAUCAAGGACUUGAAUGCCACCUUUGAGACAGAGAAGAUAGGGAACCCCCAUGGACUGCAGAUCACCUACAGGAGAGAGGGCCACGUCAGGAACCUCUUUGUGUACCAUGAGAGUGGGAAGGAGAUAGUGGACUGGUUCAAUGCCCUGCGUGCAGCCCGUCUGCAGUACCUAAAAACGGCCUUUCCUGAGCUCCCUGAGUCUGAGCUCGUGCCCCUCAUCACAAGGAAGUACCUCAAACAAGGCUUCAUGGAAAAGACGGGUCCAAAGCAGAGAGAACCUUUCAAGAAAAGGUGGUUUGUCUUGGAUCCCCAGGAGCGGAGACUGCUCUAUUACAAGAACCCACUGGAUGCCUUUGAACAGGGCCAGGUUUUUCUUGGGAGCAACGAGCAGGGGUAUGGAGUAUAUGAAGACCUGCCCAAGGGCAUCCGAGGGAACCACUGGAAAGCCGGCCUCACCAUUGUCACCCCUGAGCGGAGGUUCCUCUUCACCUGCCCCAGCGAGAAGGAGCAGAGGGAAUGGCUGGAGAGUUUUCAGGAUGUCCUCUCCCGCCCCUUGACGCCCCUCAACCUUCUCAGUAAGAUAUGCAGCCUGGGCUUUGUUCUUUCGGCCAAGGGCAGAGGGCAGAUCGGAGCCUCACAGGGUUCAGCUGUGAGCCCUGAAACUGAGCUCCGGGCUCCUGACUGUGCUUCUAACAUUUUCUUCUCUUCCUGCCAAAGAAGAGUACAGAUGGUGCACGUUGUUGUCAGGAAGCCCUCUCUGUCCAUGCACAGCUCUUCUGUGGGGAGCUCCGCCCUGUUAGCUACCCGCGGCCCACCAGUCCCUCUCCAUGUGAGAAACCGUGGUCUGUUAUUAUUAGCUAUGGUCACACCCACUGGGCAACUCCUGGGGUCUUGGGUUCCUCUCCCCUCACAGAGGAAAAGCUACAUUGGGUGCCCUUCUUUUCUCUGCAUCCUCCCUUCUGUCGCUGCUCUCCUGCUACUCCCCUUCCCCCCAGAUGUGUGACAAGUAGGCUUCUGUCUGCUGACAGCCAUGCGAAAAAUGAGAAGAUGUUCUGAGCAGGAGCAGGAAACUCCUGGCCCCGGGGCCUGGUUUGCAGGCACCAGGAACAAGUUCUGUGUUUGAAAAAGGACAGACGGAGGAGGAGACCCCACAGCGCCCCCUUACGAGAAACCCUUGGGUCCUUUGAG